UGUAUAGAUCAACUAUUCAGCUGGGGCAAAAAACGUUACUUUCGGAUUCGGUUGAGGUUGAGGCCUUCGUUAUCACAUAGUUCAUUCCAGAAGAGAAGUUUACGUUAGUCUUUGUUUGAUCUCAUAACUGGUAGCUUCUACUUCUGCAAAGUGCUCGCAAACAAAGAUGGAGCCUUUGCUCAAAGGCGAAAGCAGUGGUCAGAGGAUGCCAUCGCCGGGGUUAUUCCUUCAUCGCUCGCAUGCUAUCGCUUACGGUUCGCCCACCGUGAAAGCGGCUGCACUUGUCGAUCUGGCUGAAGACGGCGUCGGCAUCCCAGAGCAAGUACUCGAUUCGUCGAGUUUUCAGAGCUCCGCUAGAUUUUAUUUCAUGUUUACUAAAUUAAACUUUAUAUGGUCACUUGGUUACUUUGCUCUGCUAGUCCUGAAUUUCCUUGAGAAACCCUUGUGGUGUGACAAGUAUACCGCUUAUUCUUGCGACGAUAGAGAGCAUUUCUUUCUGGGACAACUGCCAUAUCUAACUGGUACAGAAUGUGUUAUUUAUGAGGGUAUAACUCUCAUUGUGCUUAUCGUACAUACUUUUUUCCCAAUAUUCUAUGAAGGCUCCUGGAUAUAUUGGAAAAAAACUCUUAAUCAAUUGAAGGUACUGUGUCUGUUAGUUCUGGUUGCUGAUAUGGUGGUUUAUGCUCUGUAUUUGUCUCCGGUGACUUAUUAUUCUCUACCUGUCAGAUUUGCACCUUAUGUCAGGGUUAUUCUUUUCAUUUUACAUAUUAGGGAAUUACGAGCAACCAUUACCAUCUUGGCUGGAAUGCUUGGCACAUACCUGAAUGUCCUGGCUCUGGGGCUUCUGUUCCUUCUUUUCUCAAGUUGGGUGGCCUAUGUGAUGUUUGAAGAUACAGAACAGGGAAAAUUAGUAUUCAGUUCCUAUGGCACCACAUUAUAUCAGCUGUUUGUUUUAUUUACCACAUCCAAUAAUCCAGAUGUUUGGAUUCCUGCAUACAAGGCUUCACGUUGGUAUUGCCUGUUUUUUGUUCUCUUCGUGCUGCUGGGGGUAUAUUUUGUCACAAACUUGGUCCUCGCCGUUGUUUAUGACAGUUUCAAGAGCGAGCUUGCAAAACAAGUUUUCGAGAUGGAUCGAAUGAGAAGAAAUAUGCUGGGGAAAGCAUUUGAUCUAUUGGAUCAGGAUAAUGUUGGGUAUCUUAACAAAAACCAAUGCAUUCAACUCUUUCAGGAGCUGAACAAGUACAGGACUCUGCCAAAUAUCUCCCGGGAAGAAUUUGAGUUGAUAUUUGAUGAGCUGGAUGAUAGUCAUGAUGUAAAGAUCAACAAGGAUGAAUUUGCUGAUAUUUGCAACGCCAUUGCUUUGAAGUUUCAGAAGGAAGACACUCCAUCUUAUUUUGAGUAUUGUUCAUUCUACCACGCUCCCACCUCCAAGAAUUUGAAAGCAUUUGUGCGGAGCCCAAAGUUUGGAUACCUAAUAUCUUUCAUUCUUAUAUUGAAUCUGAUUGCUGUUAUAACUGAGACAACGCUUGAUAUACAAAAUAAUUCUGCUCAAAAGGUGUGGCAAGUGGUUGAGUUUGUUUUUGGCUGGAUAUAUGUAAUAGAAAUGGCUUUAAAAGUCUAUUCAUAUGGAUUCGAGAAUUAUUGGCGGGAUGGUCAAAAUCGCUUUGACUUUAUCAUCACAUGGGUAAUUGUCAUUGGAGAAACUAUAACUUUUGUUACACCUGAAGGACUGUCUUUUUUCUCAAAUGGAGAAUGGAUUCGGUACCUUCUUCUUGCAAGAAUGUUGAGGUUGAUAAGACUCCUAAUGCAUGUCCAGCAAUAUCGAGCCUUUGUGGCAACCUUCCUAACUCUCAUACCAAGUUUGAUGCCAUACCUUGGAACCAUAUUUUGUAUCUUGUGUAUUUAUUGCUCCCUUGGUGUGCAGAUCUUUGGCGGAAUUGUCAAUGCUGGAAAUCCCAAAUUGGAAGCGACAGGUCUUGCUGACAAUGACUAUCUGCUCUUUAAUUUUAACGAUUAUCCAAGUGGGAUGGUUACACUUUUCAAUUUGGUAGUCAUGGGAAACUGGCACAUAUGGAUGCAGAGCUACAAGGAAUUAACGGGGACUUCUUGGAGCUAUCUUUACUUUAUUAGCUUCUACCUAAUAACUAUUCUACUGCUUUUGAAUUUGGUUGUUGCUUUUGUCUUGGAGGCAUUCUUUGCUGAAAUGGAGCUUGAGACGUCUGCUGAUACUAGAGAAGACGACAAGGAAGGUGAAGGAGGGAGACAUCGAAGACGACUUGUUGGCACCAAAACACGUAGCCAAAGGGUUGAUGCUCUCCUUCAUCAUAUGUUGAGCUCUGAGUUAUGUGAAGCACAGCCUACCGAUCCAUAACAGCCAUUGCAGGUUAAACGAGAAAGCCGCAUGAACAAUAAUAUUCGAUACCUUAUGAUGAAAGUGAAUCCGUACUCUAUCGUUACAGGAAGCACUAAGGAGAAGAUUUCAUUCUAUUAAGCACGCACAUAUAUCUAUGAUGCUUUAUAGGUCAGUGGUGUUACUGUUCUGCUUGAUGUGUUCUAGGCUGGGAGCCGGGGGGGAUAUAGUGAGGCUUGUUUGGACCUUGAGUGAUUUGCAGGUCAGAUGAAGGUUAAUUUUUUGUUCUCUUUCCUUUUUAUGGAAAGAGAAACGAUGAUUAAAAGUGGUUGAACUGAGUGGAAUUUUUCUUUGUUGAUCC